AUGGGUACGCCUUUUGGAGGUAAGAUUUUUUAUUGAAUUAUUUUGAGGUUUAUUAGAAGUUUUAAUGAACUUAUGUGUCCUUCGGAAUGCGUGAAAAAUACUUAUUUUCAGAAACGGAAACAAUGACGGAAGAAGACAAAGCGAAUCUUCCACGAGUUCGAAAACGAAAAAUGCAGUUGUUGGAAGAAAUAGAACAAAUUCAAAAUGAGGUAAGGAAUAAGCUAAUGUGUUAUGAAAUAUUACACAAAAUUGGCAAUUUCAACUCUAUAAAACAUGUGUUUAGGUCAAAGAAGUAGAGGCUGAACUAGAAUCAUUAUAUUAUGUAGACGAAGGUUCGAAAUCUCGCCAAAAAUUGAUGUCAACUGGUAGAAAAAAGUUUAAUCAAGACCCAUUCAAAGGACUCGAUUAUUUGGCAGAGCGGAGAUUAGUCGCCAAAGAACCGAAAAUUGUUGCACAAUGGAUGUUCAAGGUAUUUGUUUCAAAAUAAAUAUGUAUCUAUUUAAUCAAUAAAUAUUUUCAGGGAGAAGGUUUAUCAAAGGCGUCAAUAGGAGAUGUUCUUGGUUCAAAUGAUGUUUUCUCGUUAGAAGUUCUUGAUGAAUUUGUGAAAUGUCAUGAUUUCACGGAAAUGUUCAUUGUAGAUGCUCUUCGAACAUUUCUGUGGUCAUUCCGACUUCCUGGUGAAUCACAAAAAAUCGAUCGGAUAAUGGAGAAAUUCUCCAACCAAUAUGUACAAAAAAAUCCGAAAUAUUUCAAAAAUGCCGACACUUGUUAUACAAUAUCAUAUUCAUGUGUUAUGCUAAACACUUUGCUUCACAAUCCAAAUGUCAAAGAUCGACCAACAUUUGAAAGAUAUUUGCAGAUGAAUAAAGAGGGAUUGGAAUCAGAUUCGGUGUCAAUUCAAACAUUACAAACUAUUUUUGAUGUUAUAAAAAGUAGUGAAUUCAAAAUGCCGCAAGAUGAUACUGGAAGUAUAAGUGAUAUUUUAUUACAUGCUGAAAGAGAGGGAUGGCUUUAUAAACAAAGUAGCAAUCAAUUUAUAUCAGGACCUUUAUCGUGGAAAAAACGAUGGUUCGUGCUAUCUGAAACAUGUCUUUAUUAUUUCGAAAAUACUUCGGAUAAAGAGCCAAAAGGGAUUAUACCAUUGCAAAAUGUUGGAAUAAGGAAGGUUGAACAGAAUAAUCGACCAAAUAUGUUUGAGGUGAGGGACUGUUCAAAGGAUUGGUGUUUUUUUGAAAUGAAAAUGGUCUGCAAAUUGUCGUCACGGUGUUGCGCGUAAAAUCUGCAAACACACACACAACAGUUGUGCAUUAGAGCGUAGGGUCUUGUUUUAUCUCAAAGGUUUUAAGGCGCCUGUGUUUUUGAGGUAAAUGCGCUCUAAUGAACCCCCCCUUUUCCUUUUUAAUUUUCAGCUAUAUAAACUUGACAAUCUACAUUUUUGAUAAAAUUCGAUCUCAAAAUUGCUUCAUUUCGGCAAAUAUUCUCAUUUCACCGCUUUUGAGUCAAAUUUCGAUUCAAAAAUUCUAAUUUUUCAAAAACAAAAAAAUACGUUUCAAAAUUUUGAUAUAAUUUAUUAUCAAUUUUUUCAAUGCUUCCGUGAUCACUUGACAUCCAAUCGCCACCAAAAUUCUCAAAAUUUGGAUGAACAUUUUGAAAUUAUCGAUUUUUGAAUCAAAAUUCGUGGAAAUUUUAAUCACUACCAAUGAGUGAUAGAGUACAAAGCUUAGAGAAUUUCUUCAAAAUGUUUUCUAAAGUGUGCAUGCGACGUAUUUUAAAGCAACACCCUCGUAUAAUAAGACCAUUGCGAAAUGCUUUCAAACACGAAAAUAUAUAAAAUUAACCUAUCCAGCUAUGCUCACAAGCAAUAUGAAAAAGAAAUACUCAAAAACGAUCAAGUUUGACCACUUUUGAGAAAAAAAUUAUUUUUUUUGAAAAUCGCCUGCAGAUUGUGCAGAUCCGCAAUUUCGUGAAAUUUGUGCAAACACUGUGACGACAAUUGUGUGCUACAGUACCUCUUUCAACUUUUUUUUCAACAAAAAGUGAAUUGUUUCACUGAAAACAAUGAAAUAAAUUAUAACAAUGAUUUCUGAACAUCCUUAACUAUCUCUACUUUCAUUUUUGACAGUGAUAUUUCAGUUUUAUAUUGCAUAUUCCGGUCAAAAACUGAAAAAAACACAAUUUCCCUCGAAAAAAUUAGUUUUCGUCUGAAAUAUUGAAUCUUAAUGUUUAUACUUCUUCAAUUUAUUUUUUUCAUACCCAGAAAACAGUUUUUUCCAUGCAAAUUGUCAUUUUCCGAAAAAAUGGAAAAAAAUUUGCAAAAAAAUAAAAAGAAAACAACGAGACUCCGCGUUGACGCUAGCCCGCGUUGUUUGAAUUUGAGUUUUUUCAGUUUUUCAAUGGGUUUCCAUAUUUCGGCUAAUACUUAUUGAAACUUUUUGAAUUUUUUCUCCGAACUAGAAAACAGUAAAACUAAGCUAAUUCUAAGAUUUGAGAACAUUUGGGCUUUUUUCAAGAAAGUGCCUAUUAUACGAGGGUGUUGCUUUAAUUUCAAAAGAACACCAGCCCUUAAAUGAAGGAUUUAUGAUAAAUAAGCAUUUUUAAUUUCAGAUUUAUUCAUUAUCUGACGAAAGAAUAAAGGCAUGUAAAACUGAACAAGAUGGUCGAAUGGUUGAAGGACGACAUUCAGUUUAUCGAAUGUGUGCCGUAAAUGCAGAAGAUCUUCGAUCGUGGAUAAAUGCGAUCUCAAACGCAAUUCCAAAUAAUUUGCCUCGACCAAAAAGUACACAUUGA